AUGGAAAACAGUUUCAUAGCUGAUGCCCUCAUUUACAUACGAUUCCCGCCAGGCGAAGAUGUCAGAAGUCGUCAGACAGACUUGAACGUCUCUCUGGGUUUUGUUCUCUAUCAGAAUGAUCGUUUCUUUCGUUCAAAACUCUACAUGAAGCGACGGACCACCAUAAGGGUCCUGUCAGCUAGCGUCAGAGGGCAGGAACCCAACAUGGUGCCACAACAUGUGGAGAUGUUGUUCAGACCAAGAAACAUCAGUGGGACGUCUCUGUACGACUUCUCCUGCGUUUUCUGGAACUACAGUCAGAAGGACUGGAGCACCAGCGGCUGCUCUAAAGGAAACACUUCAGAUGGACUCAUGAGAUGUUUCUGUAACCACACCACCAACUUUGCUGCUCUCUGGUCAUUCAGAGAGAACUACGAGUAUGCAGAAGCUCUGGGUGCGAUCUCCAUCGUGGGACUCUCUCUUUCUUUUCUGGGUUUGAUUGUGACGAUCAUUUAUAACGUUAAAGAAAUUUUUCAGAAUGAACAGAAGAAAAGCCUGAUAUCUCGGCUGUGCAUCUACUUCAGCCUGCUGGCCUUCAUCAUCACCUUUGUCUCUGGAGUCCAAAACUCCAGCAGACAAAUUGACAUUGAGGUGCAGACUGACGAUCGGACCAAUGACCUCCUUGACUCGGAUGAACGCAUAGAACCAGACCGCGGUUCGUGUAUGGCUGUAGCGGCUCUGCUGCACUUCCUCCUGAUGGCCACCUUCAUGUGGAACAGCGUGAACGGUACUCAGAUCCUGAUUCAGAAAAUACGCCGCAGUCUACCACCUCACUGGACUCUGCUGGGCAUGGCUCUGGGAUGGGGAGUGCCAGCCUUGUUCAUAGGCAUCACACUGGGGGUGACCUACAGUGUGGACAAUCCUCUGAGAUACAGACAGGAGGAAUUUUGCUGGCUGGCAGCACUGGAUAAGAACAAACACUUCAGCUUUGAGAAACCUUUGUUUUGGGGUUUCCUCCUUCCAGUCGGCCUGAUCUUGAUCUACAACAUCGUCCUGCUGGUUUAUGUGUCCAUUAAAGCAACCAGGAAGUCCUGCUUCAGGAAGAGUUUCCUUGAAUGCUUCACUCUGGCUGUGUUACUGGCUGUGUCCUGGGUUUUUGGGUAUCUGGUCCUCGUCACUUCAAGAACAAUGAACCUGGUCUUCAGCAUUUUGUUCUGCCUCUGCACAACCACACAGGGUCUUCAGAUUUUUAUCAUCACAGCCACAACGCCGACCUUCAGAGCCACCAUGUCCCGAUCAGUGCAGUACCUUUCCUCAGCCAGCAUCUCGUUUAACAAUGUGAAGUUCCGUCUUUGGAAGAACUGGCACAAGAACCACUCGGAGAAAUAG